CUUGUUACUAUGGAAACAGUUAAUAACAACAAAAUGUCUGCAAAGUCAUUUUAGACUUAUUUGCAACACAAUUACAACUAAUAGCGUGAAAAAAUGGUUGAAAUGUUAAAUAAACUCGGCAUUUACUUCGAUGAAGUCGACAAAGUGCGCAUCCUCGAUCCAGAAGUCGCCUCACAAACAAACGUCCUUAAAGAUGAGUGCAAAAUCUACAUUGAUAAAUUAGAUGAAUUUCAAAAGAUCAUCGACAGUUUCAUCACGUUGGUGGAUAAAUUGGGUAAAGAAGUAGACAAACAGAAACUAAAAGCAAUCAGCGCAAGAAAUACUCUGCAAACAAUGGAAAAACAUCGCGAAGUCGAUCAACAACAGCUGCAGGCGUUGGUUUCGGAGAAAAGCAUGGAAUUAGAACGUCUGAAAAACCAGCUCAACUCUUUACAGAAGACUGAAAUGGAACAGAAUGAAAUUUUAAAUUCACUUAUUAGUUAUUAAUGUAAGAGGAGUGAUUUAUUGCACUUUUGUUUGCUAAACAAGUUUUACACACUAAUUCCACUUAUUGUGUGUUUAUAGAAGUUUUUGUGACGUCAGAGAAACGUGAAACAUUAACUAACCUCAAAAUAGUUACAAACAUUCAAGAAAAUAGAUGUAAAUUGUUAUUAUAUUUUGUGGCAAUGCGAUUAAUAAUUGUUAUGAGCGGAUUAUUACUUUCCUGCGGUUAUAAAGCAGUUAAUUUACAAGCGGAAUUCAAUUAAAUUGGAAAACUGAUCGUUUUUAUAUAAAUAUUGCGUCUUAACCUCUAAACUGUUGAGAAGGUUAAGUUAUUAGUAAUUUUCAUCAAAAUAAGAUUAAAAUAAUCUUGUGUGUCAUGCAAACAAA